AUGAGUUGGCAAAAAAUUUCCGGUGCUCUUACUCAACUCGCUGUUGGUCGCGGCAAUAAUGUUUGGGGUGUUAAUGCCCAAGAUGAUAUUUAUCAAUACAAUAAUGGUUGGAAUCAAAUUGACGGGAAAGCGGUCAAUAUUGGGGUCGGUGCUGAUGGGACGGUUUGGUGUGUUAAUCGUAAAGAUGAGAUCUAUGCUCGCGUUAAUAAUAAUUGGAUAAAAAUAGAUGGUGCUUUGGUCCAAAUAUCUGUUGGAGAUAAGCAUCAUGUUUGGGGUGUCAAUCGUCAGGACCAGAUUUAUUACCGAACUAAUGGAGAUGUUAACGGUGAUUGGGUUCAAGUGCCAGGAGGAUUGACUAAUGUAUCUGUAGCUGCUGAUGGUGCUGUGUGGGGAGUUAACAGAAAUAAGGAUAUUUAUAGAUGGAAUGGUGCUAAUUGGGAUCACAUCGACGGUAAACUUAAACAGAUUUAUACCAGCGGCGCGUCAUUUGUGGUUGGCGUGAACGACAAUGAUGAAAUUUAUCAAUAUCGUAAUGGAACAUGGUUCAAGUGGGAUGGUCGUCUUAAAGAUGUCUCAAUUAGUGUGGAUGGUAUUCUUUGGGGUGUCAAUAGUGCUAACGAGAUUUAUACUCGCCAAGAUGGAGGAUUCGGCGGGCCCGCUUUUAAAUAA